AUGGCAGCUCUCCUUCGCAUUAGCAUCAACCCGAACCCAUUGGCAAAUAAAAUGUCAAGAUCAAAUCCUAGCCGUCCAUCUAGGACCACGAUGGCUGUAAUGUCGCAAGAUCAUCCUUAUUGGGCGUCCGUGCAUGCCGAGACAGAGGUCCAUCUCAAGCAAGCAGCACAUCCUUGUCAGGCCUCCACUCUCAGUGUUUGA